ACUUCAAAUAUUGAAUAUUUUGUAUUUUUGGAGUCUAUUUCUUAUGGCAGAUUGGCACCGAAAGCGCUGUAACCCUGGAACGUGUAGCUUAAACCUUUAAAUAAUUUCUGAUGAAUAUAAUUGAAAAGCAUCGUAACCUGGAACACUGUAAGCUGAACCCAUUGUAAGCCAGGGACUGCCUGUACUAAAAAAAAGACUAGGUUUUCAUAUGAAGAAAAAAUCAAAAUAUACAAAGAAAAAAAAUGUCAUUUUAACCUUUUUAAUUUUAUCCAAUAGGUUAUUUGAUGAUGUUUCUAAUGUUUUCUAAUGUUUGUUGUCUCUAACCACAUUCACUUCAUUUUCCAGCCUGAUCGGGAAUUUGAGACUUUCCUCCCAGAAAGCAUGAGAGCGCCGGUGAUUCAUGUUUUGGGGAAGCCACCUCACGAAUACAAAGGUGGUUCCAGCGGUUACUCCAAUCACUAUGAUCAUCCUCACCACAAUUGGAUAAAGAGAGGAUCCAGGUACCAUGAAGACUGAAAGAGAGGCAGCCUUGGUAGCGGUGGUGUGUUGCGCAUAAAUGAGAAUGCCAGGAGUGCCAUAUUUUCACGGGAUUCUGGACGACCGCCUGGACCCUCCCUGAUGCCAGAGAGGAUUAUGAAGGGGCCGACUCGUCUUCUGGAUGAAAGCUUGACCUUGUGUGAUGAUUUGAGUCCAUAUCUUUUAGAUCAAAGUAAUUUCCUUGUUGUUGCCAUGAUGGGAACACAGGGAGUGGGGAAAUCAGCCUUGGCAUCCCUUUUUGUUAACCCCGGUGUAGAUAUUAACAAAACUAGGUAAGUCUUUUGUCUUUCUGAACAGUUCAUUUCAAGUAU